AUGUCGUCCUCCUUGGAUUCGUGUUUCGACCUCCUGAGCAGCAACGAUUUGUUUUCAACGGAGGAAAGCUCAGAGGUACGAUUUGUGGACGAAACAUCCCGAGAUAGCGGGUUAGGUGCGGACGAAGCGACAGUUUCAGAUAUCUUUGCCUCAAUGGAUAACAACGCCUGCUCUCCCCUGGCCUACUCUCCCGUGAGACCUUUGAAACGACUGGAUUUUCGAUCUGUCCGAAGCUUGAGUUUUGACUGCCCAGACGUAUCCUCGUCUUCUCCGUCAGUGUUUGAUGACAGUGAUGACGACAUGUCAACCGAACUUACUCCCGUGGUGACCGUCACUUCCGUCAAGGACGAUAACUCUGCGUAUAAGUCAAAUACGGACACUCCAGUGCUUUCACGAAAACUCCACACCCUUGGAUUAAACUCACAGCAGACCCGUAAAAGACCCAGUCCCACCAGAGACGACGAAGAGUCCUCUCCCUUGAUUAAGCGGCGACGUGGUGUAGGACGCUUCCGGCGGUAUCAGAGCCUGGACCUACCCUCCAAAACUCAGCCCAGUCCCGUUACUUGCGACCCGGAGACAGAGGCCCACAUUAAAACUAUUCUUGACAGGGUAUCUGAAGACGCCGACCUGAUCAGCGACGGAAGCAAAUCAUGCUGUCUUCCCACAAUUCCCGGUAAACACCAGGACUUGAAAUCCAUCACACCUGAAACUCUCGCCAAAGUCGUGAAUAAAGAAUAUGACCACGUGAUCGAGAAUUAUGUCAUCGUGGAUUGCCGUUACCCCUAUGAGUUCGAAGGCGGUCAUAUUAAGGGUGCCAAAAAUUUAUACACCCGAGAGAGCAUAAUGGAAAGUUUGGUGAAUACUCCAAUCAAAACAGAGGACCCCACUAAGAGAUCCAUCAUCAUUUUCCAUUGUGAAUUCUCAUCCGAACGAGGACCUAAAAUGUCUCGCUUUUUACGGACCAUGGACAGGAACCAGAACGAGGAAAAUUAUCCAGAGCUGUAUUAUCCCGAGAUGUAUCUUCUCCAUGGUGGAUACAAAGACUUCUUUGCCGCUCAGAAGGGAUUGUGUCUUCCGCAGUCAUAUGUACCAAUGCACCAAGACGACUACAAAGAGGACAUGAGAAAGUUCCGGAUCAAAUCUAAGUCUUGGGCCGGCGAGCAGUCCCGUUCCUCCCUCAGACGUGGUCUCAAAUUUUAGGACACCCUUCCUGAGAACUUGACGGUGCUCUGU